CCUCACUCCUGGGUCUGCGGUGGCAGUUAAAGAAGGGGGAAUUCGAGCUGCUCGAAUUUACCGAAAUGUGGCUGAAGGCCAGAAAAGAGGCCCAGGAAACCCUGGAAGACGGCGGUUUGAACUCGCGGCGGAGUUUGUGGGGUCAAUUGAAGGAAAAACUCUUUUGUGUAAUCGAGUGGCAUUUUUCGAUUUCAGAGAGAAGGGCGCGUUGGACUUGGUGUGCCAGGGGCAGCCGCAGCAGCAGCAGCAGCAGCAGCAGCAGCAGCAGCAGCAGCAGCAGCAGCGGGGGGAUAGCCCUUUUGAGACGCUGCGGACGUUUCUGCGGCCCUCAGACUCUUCCGAUGAUUCUCUUUUCUUCAAAGUGACUUCUUUUAAUGGAGUUUGUCCUUAUUCGUUUUGUUCAAGACCUUCUUUGUCUCCCCUUUCAAUUCCCCAGAAUCUUUUGCUGCCAAGCAGCAGCAGCAGCAGCAGCAGCAGCAGCAGCGGCAGCAGCGGGGGUGGCGGUGGCGGCGGGAGAGAAGGCGAGGAGGAAGCAGCGCACAAGCAGCAGCAGCUGGAGCAGCAGCAGCAGCUGCUGCUGCUGCAGCAGCAGCAGCUGCUGCUGCAGCAGCAGCAGCAGCAGCAGCUGACUAUCUCCUCCCCCAUUCAAAUGAUGCCCGACCUGCCGCCGCCAUACGGCGCAGCAGCGAUUGGGGCUGCAUUCAAGCUAACUGUGACGGACCUGAACGGGACGAAGUCGCCUCGCACGGGAGCCCAAAUGCCUCAAAGCGCGCAUGCGCCUCUUUCGCUUCCCUUUGAAUUAUUUGGUUUGGGACAAACAAAUAAUUAUGUGGAAGAGUUUUUUGUCGGACUGCCGCUGGCCCAGUUGACCGCGUUUAGCAUGUGGGUUUCUCUAAUUCCCAACUCCCAAGUAAUUGUGAUGCCUUACCCUUUGGAGCAGCCGGGGGGUUGGCAGCUCGAGCUGUCUGUACACCCCUCCCGGAGCUUCGUCAACAUCCUCAUUACGACGGUGAUUUGCCUGCUGCUUGUGGCACUCAUUAUUUUUAUUCUGGACAGACGCGAAAAGGCAGAAGACUCCGAAGAGCAGCGGGGAUUUCGCAGCCACUUUAUUGUGAGUUAA